CCGAACCGGGGCGUUGGGAAACCGCGUCCAAAUACUCGAACGGCACGCUGGAAUUUUUCGUGCUCGCGUUAUCUCGGGCGAAGCCCAUAAGCCAGGCUCGACGGGUGUGGAACAGGGGUGAAAGAGCUCAAGACGACGGUGGUAUUGACGAGGAGGGAGGAACGUCCAGCAGGAGACAACACCGGUACCACGUUAGGACAAUUGAUGAGAUGGGGGCACAGGAGGGGUGUCUUAUGUGCCUGAGGUGCGUCAUGGUGUUCUUUAACACACUGCUAUGGUUAGCUGGUGUCGCCAUGCUCGGCUUCGGUUUAUGGUUACGCUACAAUCAGGUUUUCUUCCCCCAUCUGGCGGCUACCAGCGACGAGGAAGUGCUAUCCGCAGUGAGUGCCUACAACAUAGGAACCUAUGUACUCAUGGCCGUUGGUGGCGCUAUUAUGACCAUAGGAAUUCUGGGAUGUUGCGGGGCCGUCAAGGAAAGCAUAUGCUUACUUGGAUUGUAUUUCGUGGUACUGUUUCUUCUGUUCGGAGUCGAAAUCGGUGCGAGUGCCUGGACCUAUCUCAAUCGGGAAGAAUUGGGCGAGAAAGUCGGCGACUACUUCGAGACGCUGGUCAAAGAUAAAUAUUCCACGGAAACGAAUACGCAGGUUGCUGUGGACUACACACAGUCGAGUUUAAAAUGUUGUGGAGCUAACGGCCCGGAUGACUGGCUUCUAUCGGGGCAGUUUAUACCGCUAUCAUGUGGCGCCAACUGCACGCUGGACUGUGACGCCGAUGAGGGCGUCUUUGAGGAUGGAUGCAAAGAUAAAGUUACAGAAAUGUUAGAGAAGAAUAUAUACACAGUUGUUGCUGCAAGUUCAUCAGUGGCGGCUUUCCAGAUUCUAGUGAUGAUCUUGUCGGCGUGUCUGUGCAGAGCUAUACGCCAGGCUGACCGAGAAUACGACAAAUGUGGUACCGUCUGAAACAGCUCCAGCACGGCGGACGGUCCACCGGACAACACGGUGCCCCAAAACGACCACAGCCCAUAGUCUUGACUGGCGACCAUGUUUUGUUUUAACCCCAAUAGAGGGCGCUACAUUGAUUGUUUUAGAGCCUGACUCAGAAGGACUGGAGCAAGUCUACAUAGUUUUCAGUUUCGAUCCAGAUGUUUGUGUGAAGCAUCUCUUCUCCAGUAAUUCGUGUUGCGAUCUCGACAACUACUUCAACAAAAUAAACGUCGUCACUCAAGACUAACCACAUCCGUGUACAACGCCAUCAUGAACAUUGGAGAUCGCCAAUAGAACUCUAUCUUUAGUAUCAGUGGGCACAGCCAGGGAAGACUUGUGGCCCUUUUGAAAAACACCCUGGACACGUUUUAAGUUGGGGACUCGCUUGUUAUCUGGGAAAGAGUUGCAAAGUCCUCACUCUCAAGGUAGAGUUUUAAAUGAAUAUCAGGCGAGCCGUUUGUAUACGGGUCAUAAGAUAACAAUGCCAUGCCCUUUUUGACAAAGAGGUUUGUACUUCUGAUCACCUUAAAAAAUUAUUAUUUUGUAGAAAAACAGUAAUCGCUUAGCAAGAUUAAGUAUGGGCAAAUCGUUAUCAGAGUAACACAAUAUGGGUGGAGUCAUGUGACGAACAGCCAGAUAUUAAAGGGCCAGAAAUUAAAGGGCCAGCAAAACUUGUUUUUCACUCUCACAAGAGGGCGUUCAGGUGUUAUCAGAGAAGAACAAUUGUUAAUAAUUAUUCAAGUUGCCAAAGUUAUAAACAACGACGUUAAAAUAAAUAACAAUUUUUUCUUUCUACAUUUUCAGUGAGGUAUUUUAUUGCUGAAAAAAAAGUGAAAACUUGUUACCCCUUUACAAAACAAAACGUUGGGCCGUAUCAGCUAAAUGUCACCAAAUAGGAGUGUCACGAGUGUGCCAAUUUGUUUAAUUCAAAUUUCCCCUUUUGUUAGUUUUCAGUGGUCAUUUUAGGCUACGUGUGUGCACAAAACAAUACGGAUCCAGUUUGUGAGGUCCUACAGUUGUUGUUUUAUUAUUUCCCUUUCUGAAGAAUUCCCUUCUGGGGUACUGGGUCCGAUUUCACAAUGAGCUGAUAUCGUAACUGCUAAGUAAAAUGUGAUGCCGCAAAACAAAUCACUAUGGCUUUACUAAAAAUGAGUCUUGCGAUGAAUUUUAUCGCUUUGUGAGAUCGAACUCAGGUUGAACAAACAAAGAAUUCCCUUGCGGGGUCCAGGUUGAACAACGAAAUCCCUUGUGGUGUAUAUCGUUCCAUCGAGUAAAGUUCCCCACAAGGGCACUCCCAUAGCCCAGUUAGAUAAACACCUAUUAUCUUCAUGUCUAUCUUGACUUCCAAAAUCCAAAAUGGCUGACUAUGGACAAAAUUUUGCUUAAUACCAAAAUAAGGUUACCAGCUAAGCUACUAUGUCAUAUGUACAAAUUGUCACGUGCAUCCUGCUCGUUUUUGCUUAGCGAUAUUUUUGCUUGAGCAGCUCUAUGAAGUUAAGUCUGGUAGUUAGAACUGACCCACACAACAGAACUCUAAAUAGUAUUAUCCUUUAGUAUAGGUUACAAAAUCAACCCUUAAGACACAUUUAUAGUAACAAGAAAGUUGAAACCUUUCAAAUAUUUAGAUAUUUUUCACAAUUCUAUUCUACUACUUCAAAAUAACUGUCUACAAGUCAAGUAGGGGUGUCUUAUAUUAUUUUAUAAUAAUGUAUAUUAGAUCUAUAUUUAUUAUGUAUCACACAAGAUUUGCCAGUAAAAAUGUACAGUAAUUUAAAUCCAUUAAUUACUUUGAUGUUGUGAUAAGUAACAAAUUAAACUUGUACCAAUCCUCCCAUUGUUUGACAUUCUCUAAAUGAAGGUUCGCACAAAUUAAUAACAAGGUGGCAUGGCCCAAAUGUGACAUUAGGUUGGAAUAAUAGUUGCGCAGUUUCUCAAACGUUAAAGGUAUGCCACUAUUUCACAUUCAGUGAUCGGGGACAAAUUUCGAACUCCGUCAAACGGGGCCCUUUUCAUAUGACGUCACAAGCCAAAAAAGUCCCAUCACUGAUGAGGUCACAGAAGACAAUCAUUGGCUGAGAUUAGAGCGCAGCGUGUUUUCAUUGUUUUUUAUCAAAGAUGGCGUCCCAUGCAAGGGGUUUAUUUCUAUAUCCUUCGAAAGUGACCUCUCCGAGACAAACUCUAGGUGGUGCACUAUAUUCUCAAUUGCCAAUGUUGCAGUAUACAGCAUGAACAUAAAACACCUAUGGAAGGAUGCUUUGCCAACCGCUACAGCCAAAGCUGAAGUCUAGGCUUAGACACCAUUUGGGGCUGCUUUCCGGCACCAAAUCGCCGCAUCCAUUACGCUUCCACCACAUCCAAAAGACGUCUAAUUCGGACACGGACCAUCAUUCCAACCAUGGCCCAAGUCGAAAAUAAAGUGGUGCCUUACCCUGUGUAAGACGCAAAGCCGUUUGCCAGAGCCAAGGUACCAUCCCAAGAAUGUACAUACUUAUGUCAUAACUAGUUUUUCACUCUUAAACUCAAAUUGUUCUAACAUUGUAAUUGAUGUUUAUUAGUAGACAGUUUUUCAGUUAAAUAGUAACACUUAAUUUGAAUCUUUACAUGUAAAAAAAAAAAAUAAAAAAUAAAUAUCUCACUUCUAUGAAUUGAAAUAAAAUUUAGUUGCUGGACUCAAACAAUGUUUAUCUGUA